UUUCUGAUGGGAGGUGAGGGAUAAGAAAUAAAAACUCAUAAUUUCUAGGAAAACAACUUGCAGAUUCAUUCAAAAUAGGCUGAAAACUAUCAGAAAAAUCAUUUCAUCUGGAAUAGAGAGACUGGUGCAAGAGUAAAAAAUUAUCUCAGCUAACAAACUUAACCUAACUAACCUAACCCAGUCUAACCUAACCUAACUUAGUAACAUACGAGUACAUACUUCAUCAGUUUUCAUUAUUGCUGGAGUUGUUGGCUGAAAGUAAGGGAACUAUUAAAUGUGGUUGGAGCAUUCAGUAGUAGUACUGAAAAAAGAUCAGUAGGUGGCCACAGUGAGAUGUGAGGUGAACAGCUCCACCAUGACAGCCCUUCUGUGUGGGCCAAAUAAUAAUUGAGAAAUUCUUAGCUCAAAAACUAUUAGAUUGUGCCAGAAAGUCUAUAGACAAAAAAUGUCUUACAAAAGUCUCAAUUAUCAUAUAAACUGAUAAUACUGAGGAAAAAUAUGGAAGAGAAAUGAAAAAUAAAAUAAGAAAGGUAGAGAAAAGAUAGAGAAGGCAAAGAUAUUGGUAAUGAUUUCAUAUUCAGUAAUGCACUUUUAUACCUAUGUAUUUUGAUAUGAUAAGAAUAAAAGUCAUAUCAGAAACAAUUGGACAUGCCUUGCCUUGCCUUGCCUUGCCUUGCCUUGCCUUGCCUUGCCUGUCUUACCUCCUCUUUUGCAUAUUAUAUGAUAGCACAUUAAGAACAUAAGAACAUAAGAAAUAAGGGAAGCUACAAGAAGCGACCAGACUUACACAUGGCAGUCCCUGUAUGAAAUAUACCUACCUAUUUCCACCUAUCAUCCCCAUUCAUAAACCCGUCUAAUCUUCUCUUAAAGCUCCGUAAUGUCUUAGCACUAACAGCGUGAAUACUGAGUCCGUUCCACUCAUCUACCACUCUAUUUGAGAACCAAUUUCUUCCUAUCUUUUUCUUAAACCUAAAUUUUUCAAGCUUGAACCUGUUAUUUCUUGUUCUAUCCUGAUUGUUGAUCCUAAGAAUUUUGUUUACAUCCCCCUUGUUGUAACCCUUAUACCACUUAAAGACUUCUAUCAGGUCCCCUCUUAACCUACGUCUCUCUAAAGAAUGCAAAUUUAACAGCUACAUUGUUGGUAAUGAUUAGGUUAGGUUAACUGAGGCUGCUUUAGGUUAGGUUUAGGUAGUUAUCAAAGGUCAUUGCUUGGAUAUCUUGAGAGGAAGUUAAACAGUCCAAGAGGGGAAUAAGAAUGAGGGAAAUGUCUAGAAAAAAGUCUUGCCCUAAUUCUUGUAUUAAUGUGUUAUUUUUUUGCCAUGAGUCAAGUGCAUUUUGUAGUGGGUGUGGCACUGUCCUUGUGACACCUCACUUGUGGUUAUUAAUCCUGUUGGGUUGAUACCUCUUCUCAAACUGGUAUAUUUUCCAUGUUCUAUUCAAUAUUUUGGUGAUAUUUUUUUGUAUUUUAGGUUUCUUCUUGCUAUUUUAUUACAUUAUGCACACCUCUUCCAGCCUUCAGGUACAGUCAGGUACAUACUUAGCACUGCAGCAGCCCAGGGCAGUCAGGACACACAACAGGGAUCCACAACUGCUAUCAUUGUCAGUUAAUUUAGCUAGUGGGAGUGAGGCAUGCACACACGACACCUGUCUGGACUCAUCAGACUACCAAGAGAGGGAAGGGCAGCAGAACACUGUUUCACUCGCACCCCUGUCUUUGUUGCCCGCACAGAGCAGGCACAGGACACGAAGCACACUGACAUGCUACAUUACAAAUGUGUGCCACUCAAAUUGUCCGUCCUCACAAGAAUUCCCAGCAAGAUAUUUCAAGAAAGUCUGUUACCCUUGAGAACAAGGAUGAGGUCUGCAUCAAGGCUUGGCAAUGUAGACUGGUAUGGAUGACACUAUGUACAAGCCCAGCAAGGUGAAGGAGACUUGGAGAGCAUAGCUGACACAGCCUCAGCAGUGACCAAAGCAGCAGCAGCAGGCACAUCAACUCUCACUGCAGUGCUUUGUGAAAAAUAUGUAUCUGCAACCUCUCAGUCCCAACCCCUGGCCAGAGUGGGACAUCAUGGCGAAACCUGUGUGAAUAGAGUAGAGGCAGCAAAAGGGGUGUGGUAACAAACCCUAUGGCAGAUCAGUGUGCAGUGUGUGUGCUUUGAGUAGAGACAGCAAGGAGUGGUAAUAGACUCCAUGGGGGCUCACUGUAUAUCAUAAACAUAUCUUGUAUAUCAUGAUGGAAUUUAACAAAAUUGAUAGAAAAUAUAAAAAUAUGUAACAAAGUAGGCAAAAGAAGUUAAUUAGAUAAAGAAAGAGAAUGAAAGUUUAACAGUUUAAGGGGCUUGUCCAAAUUGACAUCAGUCUUUACUGCUCCAACAGCUACCUUAUGACAACACAACACUUGACAGCCUUGUGUGGGGCACCAGCAGGAAUGGCAUGUGUGCAGAUGCGGUAAAGGAGCCACAGCCACACAGCAGCCCCAGGAUGGAAGAGGAAGACACUAGUAUGAAAGUGGAAGAUGACAACAUUGCAGAGGUCAGAAAGUUUGAGUGUCAGGAGUGUGGGGAAAUACUGAAUAGCAGAAGUAAGUUUAUUCAGCACUCCUUGUCUCACAGAGGAGUGGCAGUGUUCUGCUGCCAGAACUGUGAGCAGCUGUUCUAUUGUGAGAAGCAGCUGGAGCAACACAUUUCUCUUCACAACAAGCAAGACCGUUAUGAGUGCAAGUUGUGUGGAAAGCAGUUCACCAGAGAGAGUAAUCUUGAUAGACACACAAAGAUUCACUCAGGAAGGAAAGAUUUUGCUUGUGAAACAUGUGGGAAGGCAUUCACCAGGAAGAGCGACCUUCAGCAACAUUCAAAUAUUCACUUGGACUCAAAAAAAUACAAGUGCAACGAGUGCGGUAAAGCAUUCGCCCAGAGGGGAAAUCUUGCCCGGCACCUGCUGAACAUUCACCCAGGUGCGAACCAGCACAGGUGUGACGAGUGUGGCAUGAUGUUCACUUCUAAGAGUGAUCUCAACAGGCACGUCAAAAUUCACACUAUUGCAAGAGGCUACAACUGUGACGUGUGUGGCAAGACAUUCAAUUUGCACAGUAGUUUUAAGCGACACAUGAACAUUCACACUCAAGAAAAGCAGUACAAAUGCAGUAUGUGUGAAAAAAUAUUUAACCACAAGAACAAUCUCACCAAGCACCUCAACACACACACUGGAGAGCAGCAGUACAGGUGUGAGGUGUGUGGCAAGACACUGUACUCUCGCAGUGAUCUGAUGCGACACACGAACAUUCACACCAGAGAAAAGGAAUAUAAGUGUGAUGAGUGCGGUAAAAUAUUCUACGCCAAAGGUGACCUCACACGGCACACCAACAUCCACACACAGGCAAGGAUCCACGCAUGUGAGGAGUGUGGCAGAACAUUCACCCACCGCAGCAGCUUCAAGCAGCACAUGAACAUCCACACAAGAGCAGAGCAGUUCAGUUGUGAUGAGUGUGACAAGGUGUUUUAUCAGAAGGCCAGUCUGGUCAAGCAUAAGAACAUUCAUGCUGGAAUAAAGUACACCUGUGAUGAGUGUGACAAACAGUUCAAUGAGAAGAGUCACCUCAAGAGACACAAGAAUGUUCAUAGUAAAACUGUAAAGUAGAUACUUCACUCACAGUAACAGUAAUGAAGCAUUUUGAAAUUCGGCUUGAAAAUUCUUUACUGGGAAUUGUAAAAUCCAAAAAAUGUCCAAAAUCUGUAUAAUUUUGAGAGGUGACACAGAAUCAGUUCCACAGUGCUGUGAGAAGUUUGUUUGUGACAAAACUAAACUAUUCACUAAAUUUGUCAUGUUUUUCCAUAAAUCAAUGAAAGUGACACAAAUAGGUUGCCAAAGUGAGAAUUGAUUAUACUUGUAUUUGGGCACUUACAGAUCCUCUUUGUGACUGGAAUUGUUCCACUAUCAUUUGCAGUUAUCCCUUAAUAUCUGUGUGGGUUAGGUAAUGGAGAUACCUGUGGAUGUGGAAAAUGUGCAGAUAUCUGCUCGUCCCAUUAGGAACACUCCUGAACCUGCCAGAGGUGUUACAACCACUUCAUUUUAUAUUUAUGCAAUAAAAAUAAAAAAAUAA